AUGGCAUCCAAACGCAAAGCACCGCCAGCCACUGGUCUGGCCAACGGGGCCACCACGAAGAAGCCAAAGACAGCAUCCCUCUCUGAUCCCCACCCAUUCCACAAAGAAGCAGAGGAGCACGGCAUAGUGUUGCGGAAAUACUACCCUCACGAAAUGAGCAAUGCCCGUGCUCUAGCAUACAACGAUAAUGCGAUCGCUCGUCCCAUCGAAGAGCUUCAGUCCGCACUACAGCAGACCAUUGCUGCUCGCAAGAAGGCGAAGGUCGGCGAAUCCGUAGUACACUGGUUCAAGAUGGAUUUGAGGAUAAAGGACAACACAGCACUCUCGCUGGCGAGUCAAAAAGCCAAAGACGCAGGCGUCCCGCUGAUUGGGUUGUAUGUGGUUAGCCCGCAGGACUGGGAGGCGCACCUGACUGCCCCCAUCCGUGUUGAUUUCAUGCUGAGGACGCUGGAGGUUUUGAAAGCCGACUUGGCCAAGCUAGAUAUUCCAUUAUACGUUGAGGUGUCGGAGAAGCGGAAGAUCAUCCCUGAGAGGAUUGCUGCUCUGAUGGACGACUGGGGUGCGAACCAUCUCUAUGCCAACAUGGAGUACGAAGUCGAUGAGUUGCGGCGAGAAGCAGACAUGGUGAAAAUGUUGGCCGGGCAAGAGAAGGCUUUCGAGAUGGCGCAUGAUACAUGUGUCGUGCCUCCUGGCAAGCUCAUCACCGGGUCGGGGAGGCAAUAUGCUGUAUACUCUCCAUGGUAUCGCUCCUGGGUCGCACAUGUCCAUGCUAAUCUGGACCUAUUGGAGACGUUCGAAACCCCAGCAAAGAACCCCCCUUCUGCGAGGCAAAAGUACGGAAAGCUCUUCGACAGCGAUAUCCCAGAGGCACCAGCGAACAAGAAACUCUCGGCCGAAGACUCGAAGAGAUAUGCCUCUAUCUGGCCGGCCGGAGAGCAUGAGGCGCACAAGAGGCUAGCCAAGUUCUGUGAGGAGAGAGUUGGCACGUACGGCGCGAAGCGAAAUUUUCCUUCGCAGAAUGGAACCUCGACGCUGUCAGUCCACCUCGCAAGCGGGACAAUCAGCGCGAGAACUUGUGUAAGGACGGCCAGGGACCGCAAUACCACCAAGAAGCUCAAUGCUGGGAAUGAGGGGAUCCAGACGUGGAUCAGCGAGGUUGCUUGGCGGGAUUUCUACAAGCACGUCCUCGUGAACUGGCCGUAUGUAUGCAUGAACAAGCCUUUCAAGCCUGAAUACUCCAACAUCGAGUGGUCGUACGACAAGGACGAGUUCAACGCGUGGACUCAGGGCAAGACUGGCUUCCCCAUCGUUGACGCUGCCAUGAGGCAGGUCCAGCAGAUGGGGUACAUGCACAACCGCGCUCGCAUGAUUGUCGCUUCGUUCCUCUCCAAGGACCUGCUCAUUGACUGGAGGAUGGGUGAGCGGUGGUUCAUGGAAAAUCUGAUCGACGGCGAUUUUGCAUCGAACAAUGGCGGCUGGGGCUUCUCUGCCUCGGUGGGAGUGGACCCGCAGCCAUACUUCCGAGUGUUCAAUCCGCUGCUGCAGAGCGAGAAGUUCGAUGCUGACGGAGACUAUAUUCGGAAGUGGAUUCCAGAACUUAAAGAUGUCAAGGGUAAAGCUAUUCAUGAUCCAUACGGCCGAGGGGCCGGGGCGAUUGCGAAGAAGGCUGGUUAUCCGAAGCCGAUGCUUGAGCACAAGGGCUGUAGGGAGAGGGCGUUAGCAGCUUACAAAAAGGGCAUUGGAGCUGAGAAGUAG